AUGAAAGGUACCCGAAUCGUGCUGGGAAGUGUGACUCUGCACAAUAUUAAGCAGCUGAAGAGAUUACACCAAGUCAUCUUUCCAGUCAGCUACAAUGACAAGUUCUAGGACGUGUUGUUGGUUGGUGAACUAGCAAAACUUGCCUCCUUCACUGAUAUUGCAGUCGCUGUGGCGUGCUGUAGGGUGGAUCAUUCACAGACUCUGAAGAGACUUUAUAUCGUGACACUAGGCUGUCUGGCACCAUACCGAAGGCUAGGAACAGGAACUAAAAUGUUAAAUCAUGUCUCAAACAUCUGCGAAAAAAGGGGGGCACUUGACAGCAUCUAUCUGCAUGUCCAGAUCAGCAAUGAGUCGGCAGUUGACUUCUACAGGAAGUUUGGUAUUGAGAUUAUUGAGACAAAGAACUGCUGUAAGAGGACAGAACCCGCAGGUGCUCAUGUGCUGCAGAGAAACCUCGAAGUCCCUUCUGGCCAGAAAGCAGGUGUGCAAUGUGCAAACGACAGACAGCUGAACAGAUUACAGAGGAACGUCGUUGCACUUCACAAAUACAAGAGAGGUCCUUCGAACCUGCUGUGUCCUCCCCAGAAUGCUUUUAUCCUGUGCUCCCUGUCCCCUACUUCCAUGCCCUUUUUGCAGGAUGCAGCUUGA